CUCCCGCAAUGCGUCCUGCGAGACUUCCUCACGCUCGUAAACGGCACCACGGGACCUUUCCUUAAAAAAGCCUAAACAUUUAGCAAUUUUAGCGGCGGCGCCUCGCGGAUUGAGGUCGCCGCAGUGCGCGACUGCCGCACCAACGAAGCUCACGAGCCCUGGUCGUGUCUCGCUGCAAGCAUAAUAAACGAUGCUGCGAUGCCUCGCCGUCCUGGCGCUGGCCAAUGCCAUUAACACUGCAAGCCGGUCUGCUCCGCUGAGAGUACGGGGCGGCGCCGACGACGCGAGGGCAACGCACGCCUGCGCGGCCGCGCUGGCCGCGGCCAAGGGCAAGGCGGCCCCCAAAAUCGCGCGGUGGCGGCUAGAUGUGGACGACGGCCGCCUCUGCCCGAAGGGCUGGUCCGCCGAGGCGUCUUCGCUAGUAGAAGAUGCUUUGAGGGAGUUCGACGCCGCAACUAGAACACACUGGCAGUCUGAGGAUAGAGUAAAAAGCCGGGCCGCGCUAGCCGCCUACCUCCAGAGCGAGGUCGGUUCUGCCCACUUAGAUCAACUGCAGGGCGCGGCGGAACGAAGGUUGCGCCAGCUGAAAGCUGCUCUUGGUAGGGUCUACGCCAAAGCCGGCUCCGCGGACGCCGACGCCUUCGACGCGGAGCUGAGGAAAGCCGAGCACGACUUCGAUGGCGACGCGGCGCGGUGCCGCGUCGACGCCUUGAAGCUGGAAGGCGUCGACGAGCGCACCGCCUUCCUGGACGCCGCUCGGCAAUUGGCCUCGGAUUUCGAGGCGUCGCCGGCUGCGCAGUUAGUGGCAACUCGGGGCGAGCGCAAACGGGCCGAGAAAGCAGCGAAAGCAGCACAACGGGCCGCGCGCCAGGACGCCGCGAAGGGCAAGGCGCCUUCGCUCGUGCCGAAGGCCGUGAACGUGGCGGUGCAGCUGGUCGGUAUGUUGCGACCGGUGGGCCUGGGCAAUUUGCAGGGCUACUGCUCGUAUGCCAUGGGGCCGCACUCGCUACUUUUCGGCUACGCGGACGACCGGGACCCGAACGGCGGCGGGAUGGACGGCGACGAGAUCCCCCUGUUCCGGCUGCAGCCGAAGUUCACGGUCGACGUGGACUUGUGAGCUAGUCGCUGCCUAAGAAGUUCACAACAUUACACUCGCGUUGACGCUCGGAGAAUCGCGUCGACGGCGUCCUUCCCGUCCACGCCAUCGACGAGAUGUAGGCG